AUGGCAGAAAUGUUGGAUGAUUUUUUCAACAUAAAUCAACUGCUCAUGGAGCAGGACAUGGUGAUGGAAGAGAAUUCCAGUUCAUCAGGGUCAGAAACUCAAGAGCCAAAUCACCAGCAACAAAAUGAAGACAUCUCAUCCGCAGAAUUAGAAACAGAUGCAGAGCAUCAAAAUCAGCAACAAUUAUUUGUGAGGCAAAGCAGAGAAUUAAACAUUGAAGAGAAAAGGCAGAAUGUUGAUGAUAUUCUGCUUAAUAUGGUAGGUGACACACUGCCAAGAGGAAUGCUGACCUCAUUGGCAAAGAAACAUCAUGUACACAAAUCUACUACAAGUAGGUGGCUAAAAGAAAUUAAAAAACACAUGCAACUGGGAGAAGCAGUGGAUGUCAGAACCAAAAAGUUAGGGAAAACUGGUCGCAAUCCAUUUGAAUACUCUGAUGAGUGGCUUAUGUCUGUGCCACUUUACAAGAGAACCACAAACAGAAGCUAUGGUGCUGCUCUACAUGUCAAUCAUAUGGUGAUACACAGGUUGAAGAAAAGGGGCAGACUUAGGGCAGUGUCAGCAACUAAUCACCCAGCAUUAUCGAAAAAUCACAAAGUUGCAAGGCUAAAGUGGGUACUGCAACACAUUCAUCCAAUUCCAAGUGAGGGGGACCCUACAAUUAUGGAUAUGCAACAUCACAUACACAUUGAUGAGAAGUGGUUCUAUCUAAACCCAGAGACAAUCUAUCUCACCCCAAAUUAA